UUAACCCUGCCCGUGUCGAUCGCAAAUCAAGCAUGCAAAAUUGCGAAAAAUGCACGACUUCAUUCAUCAAGAGCUCAAUUUCCGUCGUGGUUUCAAGCUGGUUGGUGUGUUUUUAGAUGAGCUCAGACUAUAAGUUUCGUAAAUUAAUUGGUACCAAUUUAAUCUAUUUUUUUUAGUAGGUAAUUUACGACCAGUAAAAAAAGAAAAUAAAAGAUGGCACAAAACGGGUUUUUAAAACAAAAAGCUGGAUUCGCCACUAUAGCUAUUCAUGCUGGCCAAGAACCGGAAAAAUGGAAAAGUGCAGCUGUUGUUCCACCUAUUGUUAUGUCCACAACGUUCAAGCAACCAGCGCCAGCUGAACACACCGGAUUUGAAUAUGGGCGAUCAGGAAACCCUUCAAGAAAUACGCUAGAAGAAUGCCUAGCAGCAUUAGAAGAUGCUAAAUAUGCACUUACUUUCUCUUCUGGUCUGGGCUCAACAACUACAAUUUUAGGUUUACUAAAUGCUGGUGAUCAUAUAGUCUCCAGUGAUGACGUUUAUGGUGGAACAAAUAGAUUGUUCAGAGCGGUUGCAACUAAACAUGGAAUUGACGUAUCAUUUACGGAUUUCACGGAUCUCAAAAAAGUUAGCAACUCUAUAAAGGAGAAUACAAAGCUGGUUUGGCUAGAAACACCAACAAAUCCACUACUGAAAGUAGUGGACAUUGCUGCAGUGGUAGACAUAGUGAAGAGCAGGGGAGAUAUAAUCGUGGUAGUGGACAACACAUUCCUGACGUCCUACUUGCAAAGACCGCUGGACUUCGGCGCCGACAUGGUGGUCUACUCGUUGACGAAGUACAUGAACGGACAUUCUGACGUGAUCAUGGGAGCGGUGGUACUGAAUAACACAGCUUUGGAAGAAAAACUGAGAUUUUUGCAAAAUGCAAUGGGCGCGGUCCCAUCGCCGUUCGACAGCUACCUGGUGAACAGAAGUUUGAAAACCCUGGCAUUGCGCAUGGAAAGACAUAAGACGUCUUCCUUAGUCAUAGCAAAGUGGCUGCAGCAGCAUCCUAAAGUCACGGAGGUAUUGCAUCCAGGGCUGCCAAACCACCCACAGUACGAAGUGGCGAAGAAGCAAAUGACGGGUCACUCGGGUGUCUUCAGCUUCACACAUUCCGGAGGCCUGCAGGAGUCUCGAAGGUUCCUCAGCGCGCUCAAAGUGUUCACUCUGGCAGAAAGUCUGGGAGGCUACGAAAGCUUGGCCGAGUUACCAUCAGUGAUGACACACGCGUCCGUCCCUGCUUUACAAAGAGAAGAAUUGGGUAUAACAGACUCUUUGAUACGUCUUUCGGUUGGAUUGGAGGACACUAUAGAUCUUAUCGAUGAUUUAGAACAAGCUUUUAAAGCCGCCUUUUAAGAUUAAAUUAUUAUUUUUUAUUAUCAUGAACGUUAUACUGCGUACACUGCGCGUAAUCAUGUUAAUUCGCCAAGCGAAGAUGUGUUUCAUGUUUGUGAAAUGUUAAUAUCGUAGCUGACUAUGAGAUUCAGCUAGAAAAAUUUAAAUUAAUUUUGAAAUGUGACAACAUAACAGAAAAAGAUUAGGAUUCAUGCCUAUAUAGAAAUUAACUCUUGGAAGUUCUGUUUUUCAAUAGUUGCUACCUAUGUAAGACAUUACGUAUAGACGUAGGCGUAAGUGUAAUAAGGAAGUUCCUCUUAAAGUCGGGGCCAUUUUGGGUUCUGAAAAUAAAAAUUGGUUUAUCAUUUUCACCUUGUUUAGUGAAAUACAAACCAGCCAUUGAAACUAUGACGGAAACGGAAUAAAGUCAGCUACGAUCUGUAACGUAUAUAAGUCUGUUAUACAGAGACAUUUACGUACCUAAUAUAAUAAUGGAAGCAUGUUCCUUUUUACCCACAAUAGAAUGACAAAGUAAUCCAGUCCAAUCAUUCAAUCUAACAGUCAUUCGAGUAUUCAUACAAUGUUAAUUCACAAUGGGUUCAAGUGAGGCUAAACGUAUUCAACUUAAGGUUAAAUAUGUACAUUUUUUACAAAAUGAUUGCGUACCUCUCCUCUAUUUUGUUCCUGUUACAUCAGAAGAAUAUUUUUUAAAACGUUUUAUUUAAUUAAACAGCACAUGUUUUAUUUAUUCCAAUGACUUUACAAAGUAUCUAUCUGUAUGCAAAUACAUGUGAUUAAUAAAUUAUUUAUUGUUACAAUAUUAAAA